AUGUCCCAAGUCUUCACAUCUUCCACGAUACCCUUGAGUUUCGGGGCACAACACGAGCCAGGACCGUGGAUCCACGGAGCAGGUAAAGGUGCCACUCCUGAAGUACCAUCUGACAACACCAAAGAGGACGCUAUGUCGCCUAUUUUCAACUGUAUGAUUGCUGGUGGCCUCGGUGGUAUGGUUGGUGACACCCUGAUGCACUCACUAGACACCGUGAAAACCAGACAACAGGGCUUUCCCAACAAGGUCCAAUACAAACGAAUGAUUCCAGCAUAUUUAACCAUCUUCAAGCAGGAGGGCUUUUUCCGAGGCCUCUACAGUGGAUACACCCCAGCCAUUUUGGGGUCGUUUCCAUCCACGGCAGCAUUUUUCGCAACAUACGAAUGGACCAAACGAAGGAUGAUCAACGACUACGGCAUCAACGAGACGUUAUCGUACUUCGUUGCCGGGGUUCUCGGCGACUUGGCGUCCAGCGUCUUCUAUGUGCCCUCGGAGGUGUUGAAAACGAGAUUGCAAUUACAAGGAAGACACAACAACCCCCACACCAAAGGCUCAGGCUACAACUACAAAGGGUUGACUGAUGCUGUCAUACGCAUAGGCAAGCAGGAGGGCCCCAAGACAUUUGUGUUUGGCUACAAGGAGACUUUGUUCAGAGAUCUUCCGUUCAGUGCAUUACAGUUUGCAUUCUACGAGAAGUUCAGACAGCUUGCUAUCUAUUCACACGGAUCCUCCGACUUGCCAGUGUCAUGGGAGCUCUUGACAGGAGCUGCAGCCGGAGGGUUGGCAGGGACAUUGACCACGCCUCUCGAUGUCAUCAAAACCAGAAUCCAGACUGCCACCACCAUCAACUCGGUAGUGCAAACUCCAUCCACCAAUCCGUUGGCCAGAAUACUAUCCAACUCCUCGACCUACACUGCAUUGGCGUCCAUCUACAAAAGCGAGGGCAUAUUGGGGGCUUUUUCGGGGGUGGGUCCUCGGUUCAUCUGGACAGGGAUCCAGAGCUCGAUCAUGCUCUUGUUGUACCAGGUCGCAUUGAAGCGGUUGGACCAGUACACCAGUCCAGGAGAGGAAAGAGCAUUGUAG